AUGAAGUUACUAUCAGUGAUAUUGAUUUUAUUGUGUUUGUGUUGGGGAACUUCUUCAAAAUGCUUAAUCAGGGGAGAAUGUUAUGAACUUGGAGGUUUUGUAAAACCAUGCUCUACAGAUGAAGAUGCGCCUACACUUAAAAGUGACACGGAUCCUGAAGAAUUCGACGAAAUUAUACAAAUCAUCAGGAACAGGUGUCCUUCUCUAACGGUCCAUCCAAACGGAACUGAUAUGCAUGACGAUGAAAUCGUAACCUGUUGCGAUGCUGCACAGCUUCGUAAAAUGUCUGAGAGCCUGAUGUUAUCUGACGGUGUCUUAGGGCGAUGCCCGGUUUGUGCGAGGAAUUUCAUUAGACAAAUCUGCGAAAUGAAUUGCAGUCCCGAUCAAUCCCGUUUUAUAGAAGUGCGCGAGGAAGUUGGAUCGAAUGGAGAAAAAUUUGUUAACGAAAUAUUCUAUAGAGUUCACGAAGACUUCAUGGAAAGGGCUCACGCAUCUUGUGCUGGAGUUAUUGUCCCUCAGACUGGUGUGCCAGCUAUCAAUCUAAUGUGUGGCAACGCGGAUGUCUGCGACGAUGAGGCUUGGUUUGGAUUUACUGGAGAUACUUCUGCUAAUCCACUAGCUCCAGUGCAAGUGAAUUUUUUGAAAUGGCCAACGACAGAAGAUUCAAUGAGCGCCUACGCACCAUUAUGUAACGAAACUCUAGAAGGAGAUUUUCCGUGCAGCUGUAUGGAUUGUUUAGCGCUAUGUCCCGUAGGAAAUGAACCAACUGUAUUAGAACCAUGCAACGUAUUCGGUAAUAUAAACUGUAUCGCUUUUGCCGUAGGCUUAGUGUUUUUUGUGAUCGUAGUUACAUUCUUCAUCAUAUUAACUUUAGUAGAGUAUAGAAAAGCUAGAAAAGAACAACAUAACGCAAAAAAAACUUCUGACAAAAAUUUUGUAGUGACAAUGUUUCAAACGAUAUUUUCUAAAAUUGGUGAAAUUUCUGCUGCUCAUCCUAUUAUUAUGAUAACCUUAACUUCCUGGGUUGUAUUUGCUAUGUUCUUUGGUUUUGUAAGACUCAAUAUUACUUCUAAUCCUAUCGAACUUUGGUCUGCUCCAGAAUCACGUAGCCGUCAGGAACUAGACUACUUUAACACAAGGUUUGGACCAUUUUAUAGAGCUUCUCAAGUCUUUUUAAGAGUAAAAUUAAAUUCUUUUGAAAGAAAUAAUAUAACUUACGGCCCCGCUUUUAGGCUAGAAGCAAUUCAGGAAUUAAUUAAAUUAGAAGAUGCUAUUUUUGAAAUUGGACGCGCCGACAAUGGUGUCACUUUAGAAGAAAUUUGUUUUGCUCCUCUGCGACUCCCUGGUGAAGAAAAAAAGUUAGAACAAUGCGUCCACAUGUCUGUAUCAAUUUUUUUCCCAAGUAGACAUGACAUUAAUAAUGAUACUUACCUGACUACAAUUCAAAAUUGCCUUAAUAACCAUCUAGCCCUUAAUUGCAUGGCAUCAUGGGGCGGAGGAUCUGAACCAGAGAUCACGUUUGGAGGAUACGAAGGCGACAAUAUAUUAGAAGCUGAUACAUUAUUAAUUAAUUUUCCAAUAAGUAAUUUUCUUUCACCUUCCGAUCUAGAACCAGUUAUGGAUUGGGAAGCUCGCUUUUUAGAAUUGUUACAUGAUUAUGAAGCUAACAAUAAGUCAGAUUUUAUUGAAGUUUCUUUUGCAGCCGAUAGGUCGAUAGAGGAUGAAAUUAUACGCGUGUCUAGAGCUGAAGCAAUCCCUAUUGCAAUCAGUUAUGUUUUAAUGUUCGUAUAUGUUACUGUUGCGUUGGGUAAUAUAAGGUCAUGUCGAACUUGGCUUGUCGAUAGUAAGAUAAUGGUGGCAGUAUCCAGCAUUUUAGUUGUAGUAGCUUCAAUAUUUUGUUCCAUUGGUGUAAUGGGGUAUACUCAAAUCACACUUACUUUAUUAGCUAUAAACGUGAUACCAUUUUUCGUACUGGCUGUAGGUAUCGACAAUGUAUUCCUUAUGGUUAACACACUUUAUGACAUUGAUAGUAACUUAAAACAAUUCGAUGAUUAUAAUGAAAAUUUUAGUUUUGAAAAGAAGAGACGAUUCGUUUUUUCAAAGAUGAUGGGCAGAGUCGGUCCAUCCAUGUUCGUAUCAUCCAUAACUCAGAUAACAUGCUUUGCUAUUGGUAGUCUAGCUAAUUUUCCAGCUGUUGUAACAUUUUCCAUAUUCGCAAGUAUAUCCCUAGGUUUUUUGUUCAUAUUUCAAAUAACAACUGUGACCGCCAUUAUCUCACUCGAUUAUAUGAGAGUUUCUCAAAGACGAUUGGAUGUGUUAUGUUGCGUUCAGAAAAAGAUUUUGGAUGAUAACGACCCACUUCACUCUGAAAUACCACGUAAAGGCAUCGCUACACGAUUUAUGGAGCCUUAUUCGAGAAUUCUUUUAAAUUGGCGUACAAAAAUCAUUGUUAUUAUUAUAUUUAUAGCCAUGACCUCCGCAAGUGUGAUGUUGAUCCCUAUGUUAGAAAUAGGUUUGGACCAAGAGAUGGCAUUGCCCAAAGAUUCUUACGUGUACAGGUACUUGCAGGCGGUCAACAACCUUAUGCGCAUUGGUCCACCAGUUUACUUUGUUUUAAAAUCUGGUUUGAACUUUACUAACAUUGAACACCAAAACGUUAUUUGUGGUGGUAGAAUGUGCAACGAAACUUCUCUUGCCGUACAAAUCUUUUUGGCUGCUCAACAUCGGGAUGUUACCUAUAUGGCGCGGAGUUCAAAUUCGUGGAUUGACGACUUUAUUGACUGGACUAAUUUACCUGGUUCAUGUUGCAAAUAUAAUACUACAGAUGGCAGCUUUUGUUUAAGUAGUAGCACAGAAAGUGAUUGUGCGUUCUGCAGCAUUGAUAGAGAUGAAUGGGCAGGCGGGAUGCGACCUGCUCCUGAGGCCUUCGAUAAGUAUAUACCGUUUUUCCUUAGAGAUCCUCCUACUGAAAUGUGCAAUAGGGGUGGACUAGCUAGUUACUUCAAUAGUGUUAACUAUAUUCUCGAUGCUGAAGGGAAUGCGAUAGUUCAGGAUACCAAUUUCAUGGCAUAUCAUGUGUCGUUAAGUACAUCUAAAGAUUAUAUCACUGCACUCAAGUAUGGAUACGAGAUUGCUGAUAAUAUCACAGCCUCUAUUAAACAGAUUACUGGAACAGAUGUAGAAGUGUUUCCCUACUCUGUGUUUUACGUAUUCUAUGAACAAUAUUUGAGUAUGUGGUGGGAUACUUUUUCAUCGAUAGGCUACUGUUUGAUUGGCGCUUUGAUAUUUAAUUUAUUGGCAUCUGGGUUUAAUUUUUUGACAUCAUUCGCAGUGAUGUUUACAGUUCUUCUGGUUGUUUUAAACAUGAUGGGCGUCAUGUACCUUUGGAGCAUACCCCUCAAUGCAGUGUCUUGUGUUAAUUUGAUCGUGUCAAUAGGUAUUGCUGUAGAAUUCUGCAGCCAUUUAGCUUACGCUUAUGCUACUAGUAAAGAGCCCACGAAUGAAAGAGUUAAGGAUGCUUUAACCAAAAUAGGCUCCACUAUUAUCACUGGGAUAACUCUCACCAAUAUUCCCGUUAUCGUGUUAGCCUUUUCUUAUACGGAGAUAAUAGAGUGUCUCUUCACACAUUAUCGUCCCGGGGAAUAUCGAAGAGCGCUCUUUACGCCUGAAUCAGCACCAAGAAAGAGAAACCAAGUUCUUUCAAAUACAGAUGAAGACCGAGUUGUUUCAAAUAAAUUCGUCAAUUGA